GCCGCGGAGAGCCGGGGUCGGAAUGGAGCGCUUUGACUGCCACCAUUGCGAAGAGUCUCUCUUUGGCAAGAAGUACAUCCUGCGGGAGGAGAGCCCCUACUGCGUGGCCUGCUUCGAGGCCCUCUACGCCAGCACGUGCGAGGAGUGCGGGAAGCCCAUAGGCUGCGACUGCAAGGACUUGUCCUAUAAGGACCGGCACUGGCACGAGGCCUGCUUCCACUGCUCCCGCUGCGAGAACUCGCUGGUGGACAAGCCCUUCGCCGCCAAGGAGGACCAGCUGCUCUGCACCGACUGCUACUCCCACGAGUACUCGUCCAGGUGCCAGGAGUGCAAGAAGACCAUCAUGCCAGGUACCCGCAAGAUGGAGUACAAGGGCAGCAGCUGGCACGAGACCUGCUUCAUCUGCCACCGCUGUCAGCAGCCCAUUGGGACCAAGAGCUUCAUCCCCAAGGACGAGCAGAACUUCUGCGUGCCCUGCUACGAGAAGCAGCAUGCCCUGCAGUGUGUUCAGUGCAAAAAGCCCAUCACCGCCGGAGGGGUCACCUACCGGGAGCAGCCCUGGCACAAGGAGUGCUUUGUGUGCACCGCCUGCAAGAAGCCGCUGUCCGGGCAGCGCUUCACGUCCCGAGACGAGUUUGCCUACUGCCUGGACUGCUUCUGCGACCUGUAUGCCAAGAAGUGUGCCGGCUGCACCAACCCCAUCAGCGGACUUGGUGGCACAAAGUACAUCUCCUUCGAGGAGCGGCAGUGGCACAAUGACUGCUUCAACUGCAAGAAGUGCUCCCUGUCACUGGUGGGCCGCGGCUUCCUCACCGAGAGGGAUGACAUCCUGUGCCCCGACUGCGGGAAGGACAUCUGAGUGCGGCUGCCUGCAUCACGCAGGCCCACGUCCCCGUGUCCCCGCACGGGGGCCAGCGUGGAGCCUGCCUCCUCCAGCCUCACCUGGCUUUCCUCUUGUGCUUCUCAGCGAUAGUCACUAGUCACGUUUGUGUAACCCCUCCGCCCUUUCUUCUAGCCCAAUCCCGGGGGAGGAGAAACCCUUAUGGAGACCUUAGGUGGGAAGACGGUUGUGAAUUUUUAUAACCAAGCAAGGGAAAUCCAAGUGCAAACUUCCCGUUGAAUAUCUUUAUAAAUGUAUCUUUCUUUCACUGCAUAUUUAAUUUUAAGUGCAAUUAACAUGUCAGGAACUUGGAAAUAAUGACGAGCUGUCCCUAUAGCUGUCACUUCCUGUCGUGUGAGGCCUGCAGCAAGAUUGUAUGACUUGCAAUAAAGCUACUCAGCACCGAGUGGGAGUGGUGCGUGCACAGUAA